UUUCCAGACAGUGGAAUACUGUAUUUUGACCCUAAUAAACUGAUUUCCACUUUUAUAAUGGUUUUGUUUUAAAUCAGCUUCUAUAAAAUAUGUUUAUCAUUUAGAACUACAAAGCUUAAGAAURAAAUAAAUUCAAUGCAAAACAUGAAAACCAUUAAAAAUAUAAUAAAGUAGUCACCCUCCUAUUAUUAUAACAGGACAAAACAAAGAAGAAAAAUGACUUAAAAUAAUGUACACGUCACCUCUAACUGAUUCUGCUUCAGAAACUAAAUAACAGAUAAAAGCAGCGACAGUAAAUCAAUAUUUAUCUGCAAUAAAACAUCAGAAUAAAAACAGUAUCAGGCAAAACUUUAAUUAUAUUGGUUGCAUCGAGCAGAUAUCGACUGUUAAGGUGAGUUUCAGCAUCAGCUGYGCUAAAUUUUGAAAUUUUGUUGAUUUUAUUAUUUAUAAUAACCUUAAAGAACAACAAUAUUUCAAAAAUAGUAAAUAAUGUGUUGAAUAAUACCGAUUCUUGUUCUCACUUUUUUUUCUGUUGUGUAAAUUUUCUGUUAAAGGUUAUGAUAAUAAUUUUGUCAAUUGCUAAUAAAGUUUUCUUUUUUUUUAGCCGGGCAGUCGCGUACUCAUGACGUCAGGUUACCGUGGAAACAGGCGUCACAUGCUUUAUCGGGGAGCUAGCUGCUAGUAGCUAGUUGAUGUUUGCAGCACAGCUGAGUUUAAUCAUAAUGUAAGAGGCAUAAAAAUGUCUCAACGGGUAGUUGAGAUGUUGUUGUAAUGUCAAGAAAUAUGAACUAAACCUUCAUUUAGAAGGUAAAUGGCGAAGAAAGCAGAGCUGCUAACGCUAGCAGGUGUUUGAGAGAAACCCGUCAUCCUUCAGAAAAGUGUCCAGGACAGUCCAGCUUGGAAAUUUGAGGCUCCGCAGAGACCAGGACAUGUUAAUGGAGAUGAUGGAGGACGAGGAGGCUGUGAUGUCAGAGCUGAGGAGGCAGCUGGAGGAUGAAGGUCUGAGCCCAGAGGAGCAGAUGGUCCUCCUGAACGAAACCCUGAACAAGGUUCUGAACUCUGCUGCGGUGCAGACAGACAGCGGGGCGCUGACUCGGGCCAAGACUCGGUUCUACCACAGCGGGAUUCUGAGUCACUGUGUCCGGGUUCUGUCUCUGAGUCCCAGCAGGCUGAGGGGGAACUGGGCCUCUGCUGCCACGCUGGCCCACCUGACCAGCUCCAGCUGCGUGGGGGCGGWGCCAGGCAGACGCGCCGAGGCGUUUCAUAGGCUGUUCCUGCCGUCAGUGGUGGACGUGCUGCUGUCAUUGGCCGGACAGSUGGUGARCCGUUCAGAGGCUMCGCCCCUCCUCAGGACGGUGAUGGACGCCGUUGGUUGGCUGCUCUCCGCUCACCCCCACCUCACGGCUCAGGUGCUAAGCUCCGCCCACUACGAGCAGAUCCAGAUGAGUGAUGAUGUCACCGUGUCGCUGCUCUGCAUCCAGAUGUGGAUUCAAACCUGUACAGUCAACAGAGACUUCCUGUCCCAGCUGAGCGACGAAUCGGCUCUGCUGCUGCUCAACGACGCCGUCGCUCAGUUGGCUCUCAGCUCAGACGCCGCUGUGGGCGGAGCCUCCAUCAGGCUGAUGCUCCUGAUGGCCAAUCAGAUGGGACCGCUGCUCCGCAAGCUACUGUUCAACUUUAAAGGUCUGGACAGCCUGCUGGAGAAAGACUGGAGGGGGCGGGCCUUUGAACAGGAAGUGGAUCAGCUGAUUGCAGUCAUCCGGCAGGAAGAAGAAGCCGUCAGCCGUCAGUCAGAGGUGAGCAGUGAGCGCGUGCGGGCGGCAUGUGUGAUCCAGGCGGCGUGGCGUUCGGUUCUGACCCGGCGCAGAGUGAAGAGCCUCAGCAGAGCCGUGAGCGCGCUGCAGCGCAGAUACAGGGCGCGGCGCAGRCGUCUGCAGCAGCWGGAAGCGGCGCAGCAGUGGGAGGAGCAGCUACGCUACCAGGUGUGUGUGCGGCGGCAGCAGGCGAGGCGGCGCCUGCAUCAGAAGCAGAGGGUGAGCCGACUGCCCUGGUGGCGGACGCUGGGAGACACGAACACAGGGGCAGAGUCAGGCCACCUGCCGGAGCUGGAGGCGGAGCUUGGAGGACUGUUCAUCGGAGGGUUGGCGCUGGAUGGCGAGAAACUUUAGCAGCAGGAUGUGAAUCAUGUGAAGUUGGUUAUUUUUUAUUUCUAAUAAAACAUGAAUUUAUCAAAGCAGA